CCAGUACAGAGACUGGAGGCAGUACUAAGAGCACUCUGAUUGCCAAGAAAAAGACAGCUCAUGCAGUGUUCAGAAUUGCUGGGGAGAUAAGGACAUUCUCAGGUCAUCCGAGUGAAAGGCUGUUUAGAAAUCUAAACUGUAAAUGAUAGUUUCAGCUUUUAAGAAUUGUAUUUUUAAAGUCAGAUUUUUUCCAGAUUGUCAUUUAAAAUACUUUCAGCAAGAGGAAUGUAACAGAAAAUCCUAGAAUAAAGUGCAAAGGCAGCAGUUUGUAUAAAAACACAAAAUCUGAGUCUUUUUACAUUGCUAGUGUUUGACAGAAUUGAAGAGUUUGUUUAUGGAAAAGCUGUUGAAAUGACUGAAUGGAAUAAAUUUUAAUGAAAUCAAAUACUAUAUUUUUGUUUAAAUGCUAUAUUUUUUGGUAGCUUUUAGGCUCAGUUAAACUUUUUUGAAAGGGGUUUUUGCAAAUGAAAGACAUUAGGAUGCGUCUAAAUACUUUUUUGUAGCACUUUGAUAAGGAAUUUUUCUGUGAAGCAGCAAAAACAUUUUAUCAGAACUAUUUGAAACGUUCAACUGGAUAUCUACUUCAGACAAAAAUGAUUUGUUUAAGGUAGCAGUUGAGUUAAAAAUGAUUAGGUCAAGGCCUUUUCUGGAGUUUUCUCUCGAGCACUUGCACAACUUUUGAAGAAAGCCAUGAAAAUCUUUAAGCAUGUUAUGAAUGAUCCCUCAUUUAAUAGAAUUGCAUGGAAAUGGCAUAUUCAGGACCCAGCAAGUCAGCGGUUGACAUGGAACAAACCUCCAAAGAGUGUCCUUGUUAUCAAAAAGAUUCGCGAUGCCAGUCUGCUCCAGCCUUUUAAAGAACUCUGUGUAUAUCUUACUGAGGAGAACAACAUGAUAGUUUAUGUAGAAAAAAAAGUGCUAGAAGACCCAGCCAUAGUUAAUGAUGAUAAUUUUGGACCAGUGAAGAAGAAAUUUUGCACUUUCAGAGAAGAUUAUGAUGAUAUCUCCAAUCAGAUAGACUUUAUCAUAUGCCUGGGAGGAGAUGGUACCUUGCUUUAUGCUUCUUCACUUUUUCAGGGUAGUGUACCUCCAGUUAUGGCUUUUCAUCUGGGAUCUCUUGGAUUUCUCACCCCCUUUAACUUUGAGAACUUUCAGUCCCAAGUUACUCAAGUUAUAGAAGGCAAUGCAGCGCUUGUUCUCCGGAGCAGACUGAAAGUGAAAGUAGUAAAGGAACACAGAGAGAAGAAGACAUUGAUACAAAAUGGUAUUGAAGAAAAUGGAGUGAUCUCUACAAGUCUAGAGAUGGAAAUGGGCAAGCAAAUCAUGCAAUAUCAGGUCCUAAAUGAAGUUGUUGUGGAUCGAGGUCCUUCCUCCUACCUUUCCAAUGUGGAUGUUUUUCUAGAUGGACACCUCAUAACCACAGUGCAAGGUGAUGGCGUGAUCGUUUCCACACCAACUGGUAGCACGGCUUACGCGGCUGCAGCGGGAGCAUCUAUGAUUCAUCCAAAUGUUCCUGCAAUAAUGAUCACCCCAAUCUGCCCUCACUCGCUGUCCUUCAGACCCAUUGUUGUUCCUGCAGGAGUUGAGCUCAAGAUCAUGCUGUCCCCUGAUGCCAGGAACACUGCAUGGGUUUCAUUUGAUGGGAGGAAGAGACAGGAAGUCUGCCAUGGAGACAGUAUUAGCAUCACUACCUCUUGCUAUCCCCUCCCUUCGAUCUGUUUCCGAGAUCCUGUGAGCGACUGGUUUGAAAGCCUGGCUGAGUGUUUACACUGGAAUGUUCGGAAGAAACAAAAUCACUUUGCUGUUGAAGAAGAAUUUUGAAUGUCAACACCUAAUGAGACUCAUGGGAACUUAAAAUGGCAGUAUCCCUUGUAUAAAAAUGUUUGUUCAGCCUAGACCAAUACAUAUAUUUUUAAAUAGUGAUGUAGCUCCAUAUCAGUCUGCUCUGCUGAUGACCAGAAAAUAUCAUGUUGCUUCCUGUCUCCUGAGAAUAGGAGUGGAAGAAUUUAUAAUCUGAUUUUUUUAAAUUUAUAAUGGGUUGGUAUUUUUAAUCAAUAUCAACACACAGGUCUACAAACGACCUCAAACACAAUUGUAACAAGUAAUUUGCAGACUAGCAUUAUAGGUUGUACCCAGAUACAUAAUAGAAAAAUGGCAUUAAAAUAUUUGUUAAUUUGGUAGAUUUGUAAUUUCGGGGUUAAGACUUCUCAUCUAAAACUCAAAGGAUUUUUUCUUUUUACAGUGCUCUUUGUUAAUUUAAAUGAAUGCAUGGUAGUCCAAAUGUCUUCCCAUCAGGUGAACUACUUAAAUAUUUUGCCUUUCCAUAAAAAUAUAGUAAGAAUUAGGGGAAAGAACCACUAUACAGAUACUCUUCAGAUACAACUUACUAUAAAAAAUACACAUAGUUUUGUAAGUAUUGAGAACCCUUUUUCUUUCUGCCCAUUUGAACUAGCAUCAUUUAGGGUCCCCAUAGGCAGCAUUGACAACUGUCUGGGUGGACAAAUUGGUAAAGUGGCAUUUUUUUUGUUGAUGAGCUAAUUAUGCCUGAGCAGUUCACUGCUUUCUGAGCAUGUUUGUGACCCUUAGAAAAGGUUUGGGUUUUUUCUUUUCUCUUUUUAACCCUUUGGGAUAAGCAGCAGCAUUUGAGGUUGUAAACUACAGAUUUUUCAUCAAGUGCUCAUUGUUGACCCAACAAGCAGAGUCUCUUCUAGGAUGGCUGUAUUGUUGUUCUUUUGAACCACUAAUUAUGUUAACUAGUCUCACGUUCUAAAUUAGGAUCUGAAUGCUCUUCAUGCCCAUUGAAGAUAAGUGUGCUUCUUGCAGGAUUGGGCUUUGAGUAAGGAGAAAAGGGAUACUGCAUUGAUAGGCUGAUCAGAAACAGGACACAUUCCCAGCAUAGUAGCGAUGGUGCCUUCAGCACACUUCAAGAUAUUUUAAGUCUUGUAUGUACUUUUUUAAGAGUCUUUCAAAUGUUUCUAACCUGUUUAUGUACAUAUUUUAUUGUACAUGCUUUUAUGAAAACAAGUAGUUUGAAAAAAAAGUUUGUACUGCAAUCACUUUUACUAAAAAAAAUCAAACUCAGUUAUAAUGUUUACAUUUAUGUUCUCUGUGGUGCAGUCUCUCAUAACCAUAUUGUUCAAAUCUUAGCAUCUUCACGUAUCUCUGCAUAGACCAUUAAAAGGGAUGGAUGUUCUCUGCUAAUCUUGAAGUCUGCAGCAUAUUAUUGCAGAGGAAUCUGUUUCUUACUGAUUAAGUGUGGGAUUUCAAAGAAGCUCUAUUGAACUUUCAUGGUUGUCUUGCUCUUGUUAGUGUUUGUGCAGUCAGGGGUAACAAUGGGAGAUGUAUUAAUUCCCAUGCUCUACCUACCCUGCAGUCUUCUGAUUCAUGGGCUAAUGUCUCUUUUUUUUUUUUUUUUUUUUUUUUUUUUUUGCAUGUUGCCCUGGUCUGUUUAAUUUUGUCAAAUCAAGGUGAGAGCACUCUGCAUAAAGCAGCAGAUUUAACUCUCUGGUAAUGGUGUAAAUCACGCUAAAAUUGUGUUAAUAUAUAUUCAUGUUCAGUUUGUAAAUGUUUUGUUAGCUAGAAUAUUGGUUGAAUUCCGUCUGGACCAGCAAAAUUUGUGACACCUUUGAGUAUGUUCAGACAGCUUUAGAUCUUUGUUUUUCACUUGAAUUUACAGUAUAAUGGUUAUAUCACUGUUUAAAGUUGCUUACGGGUUUUUUAGCCGACAAAGUAUUCAAUUUUCGAACAGCUGUUUACUUUCUGAGCUAUAGAAACAUAUUUUGUUUCGGAAAAAGAUAAAUUUCCCUAUUUAAAAAUGCAAUAAUUGAGAAAAGGAACAGAGUAGAGCCUUUAAUUUUAACAUUUAGUAUAUAAAUGUACUAAAAUGAAUGAGAAUGAACAAAAGGCUUUGCUGGAUAGGAAGUGAAAAAAUAAACCAUAUGAGAAAAUGUUAAGGCAAAAUAAGUAAAAAUGAGCCUUGUUUAGAACAGCAGGUUUUUUGUUUUUUUUAAAAAGCUAAAACCUAGCAUUUUAGCACCUUUUGUAUUUGUGCUUUUUUUAUAAUAGUAAAUAUCAUUCAUUAUAUGGAGCAAAUUGUGGAACUUAAAUUUUCAGUGUACAUUUCAUAAAAUGUAAUCUCUAAAACCCUAUAUAACUACUCCCUCUAAAUUUUACUUAUGUUUCUUAUUAAAAUUAAUCUAACGUACACAGGCAGUUGCAUUAUUUGGCUCUGAGUGAAGUUUCUUCAUAGUUUUGCCAGUGAAAGCCACCUUGAUGACAAAAAUCUGUGGAUUGCUACACAGCUGAAUAGAGAGAGCUACAAUCAUGACUACAGAGAAGAAAGUAAGAUUUAUGCUUCAGUUUUCACUUUGGACAAGAUACUUAAUCCUGUUUUCUUACCAGCUUUGUUUAAACAAAAAAACCUAAACAGUGAGUUGUGUUUUAAUACUUUAAGAAUUUAUCUAAUUGUAAGAAUGCCCCACCCCACCCCUACUCCAAGACCCAUCUCUCCUAAUUGGCCAUACACAAGCAGGUUACUAAGACCUGGUCUAAACUGAAAUGUUUUUAGUAACAUAGGUAUGUCAGCAAAAAGAAUGAGGAUUACUUGUGGCACCUUAGAGACUAAUACAAUUAUUUGGGCAUAAGC